AUGUUGGUUGAAGUUCAAAGCUGGCCAUACAGUUUUCCAGCAUCAGAGGACUUCCAAUCAUCAGACCAACGGGGUAAUGUUAAUGGAAGACUAUUGGUUCGAGACAAGUAUGUUAGUGAUGAUUAUAUUCCAGGAAACAGCGCAUAUGUUGGAUUGGCCCCUCCGGGGGAGGUUGGAUCAUGGCAAAGAGAAUGCAAGGACUACCAAUUUUGGUCAAGAGCAGACGAAGAAGGCUAUUUCUCGAUAAACAAUAUACACACGGGCAACUACAAUCUUUAUGCAUGGAAUGUUAAAGAGGGAAAAUCAUUGUUGUCGUGGGCAGUGAAGAGGUUUAAGGGCAGGAGUGUGUGUCUUCUGCAUGUUCAUCAGCCCACGAAUCUAGUUUCACUCUUGGACUGUAAGCUUUCAUCGAGCAAAUUUAAACGAUAUGCUAUUAAGGCAUUCCAGGAACUUGAACUGCAAAAGAUGCACAAACUCCUGAAUGAGUACCUUCUCUUUCUUUCCCAGAUGGGGGUGCACACUGAUAACUCGUGGAUUGAAAUGAGUAAUAUUGGGAAGGGGAUAGUGCAACUUAUUGUUCAACAUGGAAUAAAAUGGCUCAUCAUGGGAGCUGGGGCAGAAACUCAGAGUACCAAACAACGCAAAUUGUCAGAGAUCAAGUCCAAUAAAGCUAUUCUUGUGUGCAAACAAGCUCCUGUAUCCUGCAAUAUUUGGUUUAUUUGCAAGGGGUGCCUUGUAUAUGCAAGGAAUGUGGAUUUCGUUUCUUGUUUAGCAACAACUACGUUGGCAUUGCCUUCUCCAAUAAAUAAUGGAGAAACAAUAUUAGUACAUGAUUGCGCAGAGAACACAGAAGAUGAUGCUGGCAGUGUUCAGUCUUUCAAGCAUUCAACUAGGUCAAUGGAAGAGGUGGUUGGCACUUCAUAUUCAACCAUUCCAAUGAUAGGUUGGAUAAGAGGAGAUGAUUCGCCUUUAUUCUCACAAGCCAGCUCUCCCGAACAUUUCCUAUGCUCAUCAUCUAUUCCUUUACUGGAUUACAAACUCCAAGAGGAAGAAACCCAUGACCUUCACAAUAACCUUGAGCAUGCUGUGGUAGAUGCUGAAAACUUUAAACAGAGAGCAUUCGAAGAAUCAGUGAAACGGUGGAGAGCUGAAGAAGAUGCCAUAGAGGCUACACGUAAGGCGGAAGAAUUAGAAAGUUUGUGCAUGGAAGAGAUCAACAGAAAAAAUGAGAUGGAGGAAAUUUUGGUUGGACAAAGGCUAGACAUAGAGGCAAUGAAAAAUCAGCUCGAUCAAUUUGUAAAAGAACUUCAGCUUAUCCAGCACCAGAAGCCUGCACUAGAAAGCCAAUUAAGAGAGGCCUGUUGCAUAGAGAAAGAGUUAGAGGAAAAGAUCAUUCAAGCAGUGAAUCUCUUAAUAACUUAUAAGGAAAAACGGGAUAAGCUGCAGAUGGAGUAUGACUCUGCUACCAGAGAAGCUAAUAAAUUUAGGACAUUUACAAAAGAGGAUCCUAUGGGUAUAUGCAGCACACAAUUUUUUGGAUUCUCUUUCGCGGACAUUAUUGAGGCCACUCAAAAUUUUGAUCCAUCUCAGAAAAUUGGAGAAGGAAGAUAUGGGAUUGUUUAUAAGGGAAUGCUUAAUCAUGUGAAGGUAGCUAUAAAGAUGUUGCCAUUUUCUGGUCAUCAAAGUGAUUCCGAAUUCAUGCACGAGGUUGAAGUUUUGAGUCGGGUGAGGCAUCCAAAUCUUGUAAUGCUGAUUGGUGCCUGCCCAGAAUCAAGGUCACUGAUAUACGAAUACAUUGAGAAUGGCAGCCUCGAAGACCAACUCCUCUGCAGGACCAAAUCUCGUCCUCUUCCAUGGCAAUAUCGAAUAAAAAUUGCUACAGAGAUAUGCUCGGCCCUUAUCUUCUUGCAUGCCAACAGCAGUUGUAUCAUACACAGAAAUUUGAAGUCCUCCAACGUCCUUCUCGACUCUAAUUUUGUUAGCAAAGUAGGUGAUUUGGGUAUCUCUAAUUUUGUUAGUAAUCACACAUUAUAUAGCAAGAACGAUCCAGCAAUUUUAAUCUCCACGGAAAUCUUCAAUGAUGGGGAGCUAACAGCUGCAUCUGAUGUCUACUCAUUCGGAAUUGUACUAUUACAACUAUUAACUGCAAAACCGGCCUCAGAUUUAGUGAGGGAUGUUAAAUGUUCUAUCGAAAGUGGAUACUUGAAUGAAGUGUUAGACGUGUCAGCUGGGGACUGGCCACCUGACCUAGUAAAGCAAUUAGCUCAUCUAGCACUAAGGUGCUGUGAGAGAAAGCCUUCAGAACGACUGAACCUUGUUUCAGAAGUCUGGGCUGUACUCGAGGCAAUGAGAGACUCGUGGACUAUGUCAUCCCCAACUUCUAGUUCAUCAUCCUUGGACUCCAAGGAUCAGCGCAGAAUCCCUGCACAUUUUGUCUGUCCGAUUUUUCAGGAAAUCAUGAAAGAUCCACAUAUAGCAGCAGAUGGUUUCACAUAUGAAGGAGAUGCCAUAAGAGGAUGGUUUAAUAGUGGGCACAAGACUUCACCAAUGACAAAUUUAAAGCUUGAACACACUGAGCUCCUUCCUAAUAAUGCUCUUUACAAUGCCAUUCAGGAAUGGCAGCAGCAAUCCUAA